GGGGGGGUCCCCGAAAUGGGGUGGGGGACCCCCCCGGGGGGACAUUUGUCCCCAGGAGGUGACCCAGCUGUCCCUGCUGCUGCCCAGCCCCGCGUGGAGCUGGCCUGGGCCAUGAAGGCGCAUCAGCACGCCCAGGUCUACUUCAACCUGAUCUCCUCCGUGGAGCCCAAAUUCCUGAAGCUCACCAAGGUGGACGAGCGGAUCUACGCGGAGUUCCGCGGCGCCUUCCGGGACCUGCGCGUCGACGUGCUGGACCCCGAGGAGCUCAAAUCCGAGGCGGCCAAGGCGAAGUGGCGCCCGUUCUGCCUGGCCUUCGAGGGCGUGGUGGAGGAUUUCAACUUCGGCACGCUGCUGCGCCUGGACUGCCGCGGGGAGUACUCGGAGGAAAACACCAUUUUCGCCACCAGGAUCCAGUUCCUGGCCAUCGAGAUCGCCCGGAACAGGGAGGGCUGCAAUGACGAGGUGCACAGGAGAGGCAGGGAGGGAACGGCCGGAUGAGCGCGGGACACGGGAAGGGAGCAGGGAGAGCAGCAGAGGGAGGAAUGCUGCAAGGACUUCGGUGCAUCCUGAAAGAACUCAAUAGAUCCUGAAAGGAUUGAAUAGAUCCUGAAAGAAUCCAAUGAAUCCUGAAAGAAUUGAAUAGAUCCUGAAAGAAUUCAAUAAAUCAUGAAAGGACUUUGGUAAAUCAUGAAAGAAUUCAAUAAAUCCUGAAAGAAUUCAAUAAAUCAUGAAAGAAUUAAAUAAAUCCUGAAAGAAUUCAAUGAA